AUGAUGCUUGCCGCCGGACUUUUUCCACUUGAUGGCGAGAACGAGGGUGGAGAUCAAUCGUUUGAUGAUGAGGCACAUAGUCGUUCCGUGCCAAGGCAGGAGGCCGUUGGAGAUGUCAGACGCCAAGGGAGUUCAUUCAAAACCAUCAUGGACUGUAAGCCGCCCACCUUUGAGGGGGGCGAAAGUGCUGUGGCGUGCCUUCGUUGGAUUAGGAAGAUGGACCAAACCUUCCGAUCUGGUGAAUUUCCAGAGGAUCAGAAGGUGAACUAUGUUGUGCGAAUGUUUGACAAGGAAGCACUCGAGUGGUGGGACACUAUUGACGCACGACUCACUGAGGCCACUCGGAGGGCUAUGACUUGGGCGAUUCUUAGUAAGAAGGUUAAAGAUCAUUUCUGCAGUGAAGGUAACAUACAACAGGCUCAACGAGAGUUUUUGACUCUUCAUAAAGGUAGCAUGACGAUUGCUAAAUAUAACACUACCUUCACUGAGAAGUCACAGUUCGCUACUGAUUAUUGCCCGACCGAGGAGAAGUUGAUUGGUCAUUAUGUGGAGGGAUUACCAUUUGAGUACCAUACAGUUAUGAGAUUGAAGACCACUUUAGUCGAGGCCAUGGAUGAGGCCCGUAAGAUAGAGAAUGAUAUAGCCAUUCGUGAUCGUACCACAACGAGGUCCGUGGAAAAGUGCAUGUGGGAAGCUUCAUCUGAGUCCUCAAAGAAGAAGGGUCACCUAGAUAAGAAGGGUGACAAGCCGGAGUACUGCAAGAAAUGUCACUCUUCACAUAGAGGUCCAUGCAACGGUAGUACCAUGAGCUGUAGACGUUGCGGUAAAAUGGGACAUCGUCAUGAGGAUUGUAAGAGUACUGAGCUGAUGUGCUACAACUGCAGACAAAUGGGUCAUAUCAGUGCCCAAUGUCCCAAUCCCAAGGUUGAAAUGGGUGUUGGUGGGAAGAAAGAUGAAGCACCAAAGGUGAAAGCUCGUGCUUUUAAUAUGACAACUGGUGAGGUAACUUUCAGAAUUUCUUAG